GUGGCCGCAGCGACAUCCUCAACCCUCACAAUCCUGACCAGCCUCAGCCGCCUCCUCUUUCUUUUACAUCCCUGACUCUGCCGAAUCACAGAGUGGAAACGGAGAAGCUCAAGCCGCCGCGAUGUCCGAGGCUUAUUUCCGGGUGGAGUCGGGUGCGCUGGGGCCUGAGGAGAACUUUCUUUCCUUGGACGACAUCCUGAUGUCCCACGAGAAGCUCCCGGUGCGCACAGAGAUCCCUAUGCCGCGCCUCGGCACUUUCUUCCUAGACCGGAGCGGAGGGGCCGAGACUGACAACGCGAUCCCUCAGGGCUCAAAGCUUGAACUCCCCUUGUGGCUGGCAAAAGGACUUUUUGACAACAAGCGCCGGAUCCUUUCUGUGGAACUUCCCAAGAUCUACCAGGAGGGUUGGAGGACCGUGUUCAGUGCAGAUGCCAACGUGGUGGACCUCCACAAAAUGGGCCCACAUUUCUACGGGUUCGGCUCCCAACUCCUGCAUUUUGACAGUCCAGAGAACACAGACAUCUCCCAGUCUCUCCUGCAGACGUUUGUUGGACGUUUCCGCCGCAUCAUGGACUCCUCCCAGAAUGCUUACAACGAAGACACUUCGGCGCUGGUAGCCAGGCUAGAUGAGAUGGAGAGAGGCUUGUUUCAAACAGGGCAGAAAGGACUGAAUGACUUUCAGUGUUGGGAGAAGGGGCAGGCGUCUCAGAUCACAGCUUCCAACCUGGUUCAGAACUACACGAAGAGAAAAUUCACUGACAUGGAAGACUGAAGGCCAGAAGAACACAGAAUUGCUUUCUGUAGACUUAUCCCUCUGUGUGUCCUUGAUAGGAGCCUAGUUGACCUUGUAUAGGGCCAGAAUCAUGUCCCAUCUUGUGACUUAUUCCCUGCAGCAGUGUCGGGAGUGCUGCCAUCUGGUGGGGAAACAACAUGCUGGAGGAUGUCCCUGGCCCUGUAAGCCUUCCAGGACUAUCCCACCUGCUGACCCACAGACCAGACCUACUUAGCCCAGGAACCGACAGCCAAGGAGAAACCAAAGUCCUUCAUAAAUAAGGAUCAUGAAUACCUAUAUCGCAAUAGAGUUGGAACUGGGAUUCCUCGUGCCUGGGAGUUUGGACAGCCUUAGAUAUCCAGUUUCACUAGCUCCAAAGGACGGGUACAAAUGGGCCUUCCUAGCCUGUUCACAAAAUGUCCUCUUGAGCUUAAUUGCCUCAUCUUCCUCAUGGUUGCGCAAAGGACAGUACCCCCAGGAUGCUGGCUCUACUUGUAAAUAUCUCCUGCCACCUGCCUAUGGGGAGUUACCCAGUUUCAAAAAACAGUCGCCAAGAAUAAGGAAGGAAAAGGGAAAGCCCAGUGAGUGGCAAGGCUUUUACUAAAGAGAAGACAUUGCUUUCCUCUUCUGUGAGGAGGGCUUCAUGAACUGGACUUCACAUAACUCUACAGUCAGCCUAGGCGGGAAAUGGUUAAACUGAGCUUGUUUUUGCCUCUGGAUCUUUAGCGCCCCCGCACAGUUAUUCCAUGCUCUCCCUAGGAAAGCUGUCAGGAAGUCGUUUGGA